AUGGCCGCUGUUGACGUCAACCAAACAAUCACCGGACACAAGUCCGCCUUCAUCCGCAACUACAACACCAACCCAAGACUGAUCUACCAGACCGUCUCUGGAGUCAACGGACCGCUUGUCAUCCUCAAUGAUGUGAAGUUCCCCCAAUUCUCCGAGAUCGUCAAGAUCACCCUUCCGGACGGCUCCAAGAGAUCGGGACAGGUUCUUGAAAUCACCAAGAACAAGGCCGUCGUCCAGGUGUUCGAGGGAACCUCUGGAAUUGACGCCAAGAACACCAUCUGCGAGUUCACAGGAGAUAUCUUGCGUACUCCAGUGUCGGAGGACAUGCUCGGCCGUAUCUUCAACGGAUCUGGAAAGGCCAUCGACAAGGGACCACCAGUUCUUGCCGAGGACUUCUUAGACAUCAACGGACAGCCAAUCAACCCAUGGUCCCGUAUCUACCCGGAGGAAAUGAUCCAGACCGGAAUCUCCGCCAUCGACGUCAUGAACUCCAUUGCCCGUGGACAGGUACAUUAUUUCAGAACAGUUUUCAGGAGUUAAUCGCCUUUCCUUUUCAGAAGAUUCCAAUUUUCUCUGCUGCCGGUCUUCCUCACAAUGAAAUCGCCGCCCAGAUUGUGCGUCAAGGAGGUCUCGUCCAGCUUCCGGACAAGCCACAUGAGCAAACCAACUUUGCCAUUGUCUUCGGAGCCAUGGGAGUCAACAUGGAGACUGCUCGUUUCUUCAAGCAGGAUUUCGAGGAGAAUGGAUCCAUGGAGAAUGUGUGCCUCUUCCUUAACUUGGCCAACGACCCGACCAUCGAGCGUAUCAUUACUCCACGUAUCGCCCUCACCGCCGCCGAAUUCCUCGCUUACCAGUGCGAGAAGCAUGUGCUCGUUGUCUUGACUGACAUGUCCUCAUACGCCGAAGCUCUUCGUGAGGUGUCUGCUGCCCGUGAAGAAGUGCCCGGUCGUCGUGGUUUCCCCGGAUACAUGUACACUGAUUUGGCCACCAUCUACGAGCGUGCCGGACGUGUCGAAGGCAGAGACGGAUCUAUCACUCAGAUUCCAAUCCUUACCAUGCCCAACGACGAUAUUACUCACCCGAUUCCUGAUUUGACUGGAUACAUUACUGAGGGACAGAUCUACGUCGAUCGUCAGCUUCACAAUCGUCUUCUCUACCCACCAAUCAACGUGCUUCCAUCUCUUUCUCGUCUCAUGAAGUCCGCUAUCGGAGAGGGAAUGACAAGAGAGGACCACUCUGAUGUGUCCAACCAGCUCUACGCUUGUUACGCUAUCGGAAAGGACGUGCAGGCUAUGAAGGCCGUCGUCGGAGAGGAAGCCCUGUCUUCUGAUGACUUGCUCUACCUCGAAUUCCUCAUCAAGUUCGAGAAGAACUUCAUCUCCCAAGGUAUAACAGAGCUCUUUUCAGUGAUGGAUGAAUAAUGAUCGAUUUCAGGACACUACGAGAACCGUACGGUCUUCGAGUCGCUCGACAUCGGAUGGCAACUCCUCCGUAUCUUCCCACGUGAGAUGCUCAAGCGUAUCCCGGAGAGCACCCUCGAAAAGUACUACCCACGUGGUGGAGCCGCCAAGGAAUAG